CGCAAAUAUUGGAGAUACCGACUUUCCAUCUUUGACCGUAUCCACGAAGACAUGGAGGUCCUCACACAGGCUGGAAGUCAGAGUCACGCGGUGCCGACAGCGAAUGGCGCGAAGGAUCCUGUGAUAGCAAGACUGGAGGCGACCGGAGGAAUCGUUCCAGCCGUCGCAGAACACGACAAGGACAGUGGUGUGGAAAUCAGCGAGGCACCCGCCGAGGAAGAAACAGGCCCCCUUCCAAAAGAUGGAGAUGGCACGCAAAAUGACUCGGAAACGAAGCCCGGGGAGAAUGUCGGCCAUGAAACGGUCGUUGAAGAAGCGCCACUGACCAACCAGAUUCCAAAAGCCAGAGCUGAACAUGUUGUCUUUGUCGAUCCCAUCGGCACACGAUGGAUAUUCCCGUACGAAGAAGCUAAAACCUGGACUGUAAGCAAUUCCUGAAACCAAAAUCACCUUGCUAACAAGGCUCAGGGACUCAAAGCGCUGGUCAAAAUGGUCUAUUUCGACACCUACCUCCCCAAGCACUACGCCGGGACCCUCGACGACUCAAACGAGGGCCCCGAGGGCGAGUUCGCCAUCAUCAAGCUUCGGCCCGAAGAGUCAUAUGUCUUAUCUAAGCACUGGGACGAGUCGGUAUCGCCGGGGUGGGAGUUCAAAAUCUGGAUGCGAGGAGCCUGGAAUAUACUGGAGGAGGUUCGCAAUGCGAAAAAGGCCGCAGAGACCACCGUGACUGAGGGAGAGCCCGUAGAGAACAAGGAAGUGCCAAAGAUUUCCUAUUUGGCGAAAUACUUUGUGCCCGACGACGACGGCGACCUUGUCUUUCACUCUCAGCAGCAAUUUCAAACCAAGAUUACCGACAAAAAGUCCUUUGGCACAGACAACACGGGGACUAUCCUUGAAGAGCAGAGAGAGUUUUCUUGCAACAACAGGGACCCAGAUGCUCCCAUCGAGAACAGGAUCGACAGUGUGGGAGUUCCGAUAUUAUAUAUCCGGUCGCAGGUUCUGCUUGCUGCUCUACGAGCAGUCAUUAGCUUUCAAGCUGUGCCAGACGUGUGUAUCGAGAAGCGAUGGCGCGGGAGAGACAUCACGACCAGCCUCGAUCAAGGCCGAUAUGUUUACCCAUUCACCGACCUUUGGCAUUACCGGCAGAGGUUGAUUGAGUACCGAGAUCAGGUAAAGGAGACGCACGACCCCGAGUACAGCGAGAGCUGUCGCGACGCCAUUGAUGUUCUCCUCGAAUACCUCCAAGACGAUCCCCCCGUUCCCGUAGAUGAGGCCGAACUCAUGUGGCGCCAUCCUAUCCCGAAGACCAAGUUCAACUCAUUUUGGAUGCUUCUAAAACCGGGGUCAGAUGUCUAUGUGAGAGAGCAGGGACAUCUGAAUGCGUACGUGGUGGAGGGUUAUAUAGGAGGCCCGCAGUGGACGGCGCCCGAGUCGCGAAUCUUGCCGUAUAAAGUUCAUGUCUGGAACCUCAAUUUCGAUGGUGUCGUUCUCACACGCUCGAUGAAGGAGAUUAUCAUCCCCGUCUUCGACGGCGAGCGUGAGAUUCAAUCGCUGCCAGUAUUUCCGACUGAAUUCCACAAAGACGAUAACCCUGAGAAGCCUCUGCGUCAGACUCUCAUCAACCGGGGUAAGAACUUUGUCGAGAUGGUGAAAAAACCAACUUUUCGCGAAUAUACUGGUCCGAGUAAUCUGCAAGGGAUUCGCGAGUUUACUCGGGCACGAGUCGUCAUCGACCACACCAGUCAACCCUGGUACCUGAAAAACGCGAUCGGGGGUGAUUACAAGGAUGAAAGAGAGCCCCCGCUCCCCGUGACAGGCCUGGUCGGGAUCGAGUUGGGGGAGCGAACCCGCGUACCCAGUUGCCCAUGCAAGAGUUGCCACGAGAACGAAUCGCACCAGCGGGAGAUUCAGCGCCGCAGAUUCGAUGACUAUGAUGACAUUGACCUGAACACUCGGACUGAGCUGACGGACCAUCAGUACAUGCUCUGCUGGUCGCAUGUCUAUGGAUUUGUGCUAAAGGAUCGUGCUUGGGAUCUCCUCGAAGUAUCGGGACUGGAACCACCACGUAUCCAGAAGAACAUCAUCGACCUUCUGGUAAUGAAACCCGAGGGCAACAAACAUAUGAUCAAGGCGAUUUGCGAAAUCUAUGGUGGAACGUACACACAGACCUUCACAUCGGACUUUAUCAGCGGCAAGGGAGAAGGACAAAUUCUGCUCCUUCAUGGUCCGCCAGGAACAGGAAAAACGCUUACAGCCGAAUCCGUCGCCGAGUACUCCGGUCGACCCCUGCUCAGUAUCACAUCCGCGGAUUUAGGCCAGGAGCCGGAGACUCUCGAGCAGAACCUGCUUCGAUUCUUCCGUGAUGCAAAGAAGUGGAACGCUAUUGUUCUGCUGGACGAAGCCGAUGUUUAUCUCGAAGCCCGAUCAUCGCAGGAUCUUCGACGGAACAGUAUUGUGUCGAUCUUCCUUCGCGCCCUUGAUUACUUCCAAGGUAUUCUCUUCCUUACGACGAACCGCGUCGGCAGUUUCGACGAAGCCUUCAUGUCGCGAAUCCACGUGCAAAUAGGAUACGAUCCGUUAGACGAGGGUUCGCGACAGCAAAUCUGGGACAACCACUUCAAGAAGCUUUCUCGAAAUCGCGAGAUCAAUGGACAGGAAAUUCGCUGCUCCUACGACGCGAAGGAGUUUGUUCGAAAAUCAAAAGACCUUCAGGCUCUGAAAUGGAACGGUCGCGAGAUUCGUAAUGCAUUCCAAACCGCCGUUGCCCUCGCAUGUUACCAGGCAAAGCAAGAAGGCAACGACGUCCCCGAGCUGACUGAUGACCAUCUACGACAGGUCGUCUCCAUGUCGCAGAACUUCAAGACGUAUUUGCAUAACGUUCGCGGGGCGGAGGAGGAGAUGGCGUAUAUGGCGAGGCUGAGGAAUGACGAGGUCAAGGCGUCUGGGAGUGAUAAUUGAGUUAGCGAUUGUACGUCCUAGCGAGGCAGAUGCAUAAUAGCAUAAGAAGAAUACCUUGGGACCGGAGAAUCGUAGACGAUGCGUUGAGAGUUGAAGCUGUUUUCGCUGGUUGUUGCUCCAGUCUCGUGUUACUUGGUUGGACGAUGCAUGAGCGGCCAGACGCCGCGGGGCGCGUGCGUG